AUGCAGCCCCGCCUCAGCCACAUCCACAUCGCUUUCGAAGGGCCACCUAUCUCCUCGCAGGACAUCUACGCGCUCGCCACCCUCCAAAUGCUGCUGGGCGGCGGCGGCUCCUUCUCCGCCGGCGGGCCGGGCAAGGGCAUGCACUCGCGGCUCUACACCAACGUGCUGAACCAGCACGGCUGGGUCGAAAGCUGCAUGGCUUUCAACCACAGCUACACGGACAGCGGGCUGUUCGGGAUCUCGGCCUCGUGCGUCCCGUCCCGCCUCACCGUGACGGUCGAUGUGAUCUGCAGAGAGCUGCAUGCGCUGACGACGGGGUCGCGUUUCACCACCCUGCAGCCCACGGAGGUCAACCGUGCGAAGAACCAGCUACGCUCCGCGAUACUGAUGAACCUCGAGUCGCGCAUGGUGGAGCUGGAGGACCUGGGACGGCAGGUGCAGGCGCACGGGCGCCGGGUUGGGGUACGUGAGAUGAGUGCGCGGAUCGAUGCGUUGACGGCGGACGACCUGCGGCGGGUGGCGCGGGAGGUUCUUGGGGGCCAUGUGCGUAAUAAGGGGAACGGGACGGGGAUGCCGACGGUUGUGGUGCAGGAGGGGAUGGUGGAUGGGGUUCCGUUCCAGCCGGUACAGAAGGAGCAGAUUCAGGAACGGAUUGCGAUGUGGCAGUUGGGGAGGAGGUGA